GUCGGUGUCUCAUUCCACCACGGUCAAACCUGCCGGCAGAGUUCCUGUUUCUUCAGCUCCACACUCAUCAUCUUCAUUUGGAAACUUAACUAACGGAAUUUAUAUUUAUAUAACGCAACAUCGUUUUAUUUAUUUAAAGUAAUCGUCAAGCUAACUUUUUACAGAAAUAAUCCCCCAUUACUCUCUUUAGUUAUGAGUCAUGUGGUCGUUGAUAAUCCACACGGUCUAGAUCAGCAGCUUGCUGCCCUAGACUUGAACAACGCUGACGGACAAGGCGGAGGAACUGGCAGGCGUUACAUUCCACCUCACCUGAGAAACAGAGAGGGACCCAGAAAUGCAGGAAAUGCUUAUUCCGCUGGUAGACAGUACGGUUAUUCAGUGGCACCUGUAAACCUCUAUUCACCCGGAUGGGACGGUGGCCGCAGCAAUGGAUAUGUGAAUGGUUAUCACGACAACCGCUCUAAUGGGGGCUAUGGAGGACGAGGAGCCCCUCGCAAUGAUAGAGGUGGGCGUGGCGCCUACCGUGGUAACAGGGGUGGAGGCUCGUUUUAUCAACCAUUACAGAAUGCAGGAGUUGGCAGUGAAGGGAACUUCUCAGGAGGAGCUCCUCGUGAUGCCGCCUACAACAGCUUUGGCGGACGCAACGACAGGUCAAAGUCUACCUUCUUCAACGAUCGUGGGUCAAACUCAAGGGGAAGAUACGAGCGCGGGGGUUUCUCCAGCGGCGGAGGCGGAAACCGCUGGUCGGACGAAUCCAGAGAGGAAGAUUGGUCCAAGCUCACCGCUCCCAACGAGCGCCUGGAAGCGGAGCUGUUCUCUGCAAGCAACACUGGUAUAAACUUUGAGAAGUACGACGAUAUCCCUGUGGAGGCUACAGGAAGCAACUGCCCACCUCACAUUGAGACCUUCCACGAUGUUGACAUGGGGGAGAUCAUCAUGGCGAACAUCGGAAUGAGUCGUUACGAUCACCCCACCCCGGUUCAGAAGCACGCCAUCCCCAUCAUCAAGUCCAAGAGAGACCUGAUGGCCUGCGCACAGACUGGUUCCGGAAAGACUGCUGCCUUCCUGCUGCCGGUGCUGAGUCAGAUCUACAGCGAGGGGCCCGGAGAAGCGCUGUCAGCUGCUAAGAAUGGCGGACAGGAUAAUGGAAGGUAUGGCCGCCGUAAGCAGUACCCUAUCGCCAUGAUCCUGGCCCCCACCAGAGAGCUGGCCUCACAGAUCUACGACGAGGCGAGAAAGUUUGCCUACCGCUCUCGUGUGCGUCCCUGCGUUGUGUACGGCGGUGCCGACAUUGGCCAGCAGAUCAGAGAGCUAGAGCGAGGCUGCCAUCUGGUGGUGGCGACACCGGGACGUCUGGUGGAUAUGUUGGAGCGGGGGAAGAUCGGCCUGGACUAUUGCAACUUCCUGGUCCUGGACGAGGCUGACCGCAUGUUGGACAUGGGGUUCGAGCCCCAGAUCAGACGCAUCGUGGAGCAGGACACGAUGCCGCCUAAAGGCAUCCGCCAGACCAUGAUGUUCAGCGCCACCUUCCCCAAGGAGAUCCAGAUCCUUGCUCGUGACUUCCUGGAGGACUACAUCUUCCUGGCAGUGGGCCGUGUCGGUUCCACUUCAGAAAACAUCACCCAGAAGGUGGUGUGGGUCGAGGAGAACGACAAGAGGUCCUUCCUGCUCGACCUGCUCAAUGCUACAGUUAUUCCCAGUGAUGAAAAUGUGACAGAGGCUCCAGAGAAACCGGGUAAAGAGUCCCUGACGCUGGUGUUCGUGGAGACAAAGAAGGGGGCCGAUGCUCUGGAGGAUUUCCUGUACCACGAGGGCUACGCCUGCACCAGCAUCCACGGAGACCGAUCCCAGCGGGACCGUGAGGAGGCUCUGCACCAGUUCAGAUCCGGGCGCUGCCCCAUCCUGGUGGCUACAGCUGUGGCUGCCCGAGGUCUGGACAUCAGCAACGUGAAGCACGUCAUCAACUUCGAUCUGCCCAGCGACAUCGAGGAAUACGUUCACCGUAUCGGCCGUACGGGACGUGUGGGCAACCUUGGUCUGGCCACGUCGUUCUUUAACGACAAAAACAGCAACAUAACCAAAGAUUUGCUGGACAUUUUGGUGGAGGCCAAGCAGGAGGUUCCCUCUUGGCUUGAAAGCCUGGCCUACGAGCACCAGCACAAGAGCACCACCCGGGGACGCUCCAAGAGGUUCUCCGGUGGAUUUGGAGCCAGAGAUUACCGCCAGACGCCCGGCGGCGGUCCCUCAGCCUUCACUAGCAGCCGCGGCGGUCGCAGCACCGGAGGAGGCCGUGGCUUUGGAGGAGGUGGAGGUGGAUUCGGUGGCGGCGGCGGAGGAAACUUCUACGGCAACAGCGACAGCUACGGGGGAAACUACAGCCACUCCAGCAGCGUGGAUUGGUGGGGCAACUAGUCGCCGACAGGAACAGGUUGCCUUUUUUGCCAACCGCACCCAAUGGAAACCACAUGUUAACUUAAAGGCCAGACCAUAACUAAAUAAAACACACACACCCUAACCCUGUGUAGCUUCACUGACACACAGUACAUUACCAACCCUGGUUCUCUGCCAUCCGCUUUCCUCGACAAAAAGGAAAGGUGCAGCAAGCAGCGCGACGCUUACAAACAAACCCAACACCACGGAGAGCCACCGGCAGCCCAGAGACUGCAGCGGGGCGGGGGGUAGCGCACCUCGGAACGAGCAUGGAUGCUGACGUUGCAAAAAUGUCCGACAGCAACUUCGGACUUUCAUUGUUAUAAGAAGUAUUUUUGUUCUUUUUUUUUGUGGAAGUAGGCGGGAAGGAAAAAAACCAAUCGAAAACCACCUGAGGAUCAUUUGUAUGUUAAUGUACUGUGCCUUCUGGAAUUUAGACAGGAAAUAUAUAUGUAUCCAUGUUUUCAUUUCACCAGAGGGCCGAGAGCUUUCUCUUCAACUGAAAUAAUUAGAUUUUAUUUGAUAUUUUGUUUGGUGAAAAAAAAGAAAAAGGUUUAAAAAAAUAUAUAAUAAGCAAAUCAAACCUUGGCAAGGUAUUGUGGCUCUGACGUCACGAUUCCAUUUGAACUUCAAAUUUAAUCGCAGGAACAUCACGUAGCCUCGUCUGUAGUCUACACACAGCUAAUGGAGCCAGUACCAAGUCUGAUACCACCCGGGCCACUCCGUGAAGCAACCGCAUUUUUUAAAAUCCGAAGAGACAACGUUUUCUUUGUUUUGCUCACUCUAUCCUGGACAGGCUCCUUCUUUUUUUUUUAAACGGAUAGUCUUUGAAAAGCCAUUCCUGAUGUUAUCUUAAGAAACACAGAAGUCAUUAAAGCUCCGACGCGUCGCUGAGGCUCGGACUCGAAACUCCAAAAUUGACGGUGUAACGGCAGCUAGUGUUACCAAGUGCUAGCUAACGUUAAAGUGGGCGGUGUUUUUUGUUUCUUUAUUUACUUGAGACAUUUUUGGCGGUGCAGGUGCGAAAUCAAAAAAAAAACCAGAUUUUACGUUUUUUUUUUUGAUUUUUCUGGAAAACAAAGAAUGCCUGCCAUCUUUGAAAGUGAAGUUCAAAAUGGCCGUUGCAUAAAGGACCACAGCAUCGGGGGGCACAGCGUGGUGUUAGUGUUUACUGAAUCAGCCGCUGAAGGGGGGGGGGGCCCCUACAUUGGUAUUCUACGCUUGCAAGUGUUUUGUUUUUUGGUCAAGGAACAGGAAGGACACGAGAACUGAGUCGCAGGCUUAACUUAAUUACAAACGUUUUCUCUUUUUCAAGCUGCGUUGGAGGCAGGGUUCAUCACUGAGGUUUAUCGGGAAGACAGCGCAGGGUAGAGCGACACUUUCCUCCCCCACCAGGGGGGUCGGGGAGAUUCGGUCAGUGCAUCGGUAUUGUUGCGGCUUUGGCUUCCCCGUCGCCGCCGUGCAGUGACGCUGUGGAGGCGGCCCGAACACGCGGGCCACUUCCUCCUGUAAAAAGUCAAGUAUAAAAAAUCUGCGGCUCCGUGAAGCCACAAGCAGGCUUUUCCUCUCAAAGAGGAGCAGCCAAUCGAGAGGGGGAGACAACGCUCCUCAUCGGGUGCCUUGAAAACCUUUAUUUUGUUUUUUUACUUUCUAGAAAUUGAUCUAAAAAGCGGAUGCACUGGCUAGUGUUGAGAACUUGAGAUUGAAUGGUGCUACUUGAUUUAGGCCCUUGUUCGUCGUCGUCGUAGUGCCCAUCAAGUUUUACAAGAAAAAGUUCUUUUAUUGCACAUCUAGAGUUUUAUAUAGAUGUCUUCUUGGAUACGUGUCCUUAAAGCUUCCAAAUAUUGUGUGUGAGGAGAUUGUGAGAAAACGACGCAGCUUGUUUACAAAAGGGGACAGGUUCUCAACGUUUAAACCAGGAUUUAUUUGGGACCAGGGGAUUUAGCAGUCUUGGGGGGAAUUUAGCCAUUUGCACAGAUUUCUAGAUUCUACUUUUUGCUGCUAGUUUUGUGUAAUUUAUUAAGCAUUUUUGACAAAUAUUUAUUUUUGUAAGCCUCAAAGUGAUUCUUUGAAAGUUUCAGAAACUUGACCAAAAGACAGUACAAAAAACACUGGCACUUGAAUGUUGAAUGUCACCUGUAUGCGUGAAAUUUAUAUAUUUCGGGGUAGUGUGAGCUUUUUAAUGUUUAAGAUACAUUGGACUCAGUAAAUAAUAUCCACAGCUGUUUUCAGGGCCUCCUCAGGGCCGCUCAUCUUAUCUAUAUAUUAAUUGGUCAACAAAAUUUGAAAUGGAAUUGAACCAACAUGCCAAGGUUUGGAAAUAAAGCUGUCAAAGAGCAUCAAAAUCUCCUGAAGCAUAUCAGUGCUGACUCUCCAAUCGUGUGAUUCUUAUCUCUAAUUUGACCUGAUGAUUUCUCUUCUCCAGUGAAUGUCUGGCACAUGGCAAUCCUUAAAGAAACAAACAUGUGGUUUAUUCUCAUUGUUGUAUUUUGCAUAUAUGACGCCUCUGGAUUUUUAUUUCCGCGUGCACGUGGAGAACGCCGCGUUUUCCUGCGAGAAAACCUGAGGACGUUCUCCACGUUCCCGCGGAGAACCCGGAGCUCUUUAGACGUAGACUUUGCUUUCUGUAUUAGCUUAGAGGCUACUGCACUGCAUGGGAAAUACUCAGCUGUGCAAAUAAAUUGUAUGAUUUUACCAAAAUAAAAAUGUUUGAAUGCAAAAAAGAAUCCUGAAAACUCCAGCAUGUUUGAACUGUUUCCUGUAGAGACUCCUGUAGCAGCAGAGGACCUUUGGUUUAGGACAGGCUUCAUUUCUUUUGGACAAAAUAUAAAGUUUUCAUUUGUAAAUUCA